CUACCUCAACCUACCUAGCGAACGCCACAUACACACACACACACACACCUACAUAUAUACAUUAUCGCAACUGCUCCAUCAUCUACACCACGAUCGAAGAGACUCACUGAUCUUGGACACUUCUACAACACCACACACCUCAACUCAAUUCAAGAGUUACCUCCACAUCCCUCACUAUGGCUCGACAAGAAAAUCACAAACUAGUCGAUUCUUACAACUACUCCUACCGAGGAGAGCGAAACCCUUCAUCCUCUUCUUCUUCUGCAUCAUCAUCGAAGGAAUCAAGCAGAACUUCUAGCCCCAAACAGCCGGUGGUGGUGGUCGUGCAUAAACCGAGUGGGUUGGUCCCGACUGAUGAGCCUUCGUCGAGGGAGGCUUUGUAUGGGAGGAGGAGGAGAUGAGAUGAGAUGAGAUGGUUUGAGGGUGUGAGUGUGAGUGGUUAGUAGUCGUUGGGUAGGAUGGGAUGGGACGGGAUGGGAUUGUUUAUGGAAGGAUGGAUGGGUGAUGACGGCGUUGGCUCGAGCGAGAAGCAA